GAAGCUCCGAAAUUUAACUUCGACUCGGCUGAAUCUUUUUCCAGUUUCAUUAAUUCUACGAGGUCAAGAAUGUUUUACCUACAAGAACUAAUGUGAUUUUGGCACCGGACUUGCUUAUGUUCUUUGCAGAAAAAUGACGAAACCUUGCAUCGUCCCGAAGUGCAAAACGGGGUACAUUAGCAGCAAGAAAAAAUGUUCGGUAUUCAAAGUGCCAAGCUACGAACCUCUUCGAAAACAGUGGGAGAUAGCAAUACCUGGAAUACUAUUUCUAAAAUCUACCCAAUUUGUCUGUGAAAAGCAUUUUGAAGAUAAAUGUAUUAUAAGGAAAUAUAUUAAACACGAUGCAAAUGGCAGAGUCAUCGCUGAAAGUCCGUACCAGCGCCCUCGCCUUGCAGAUGGAGCUGUUCCUAGCAUUUUCAGCAAUUAUCCGCCAGAUACAGAUACUUCAGAAGCUCCAGUUAAAGGGAUGGAAUCCAAAUCAGAAUCUUCAGUGCCGGAAGUAAAGAACAUCGUUCAAGACAUGAAUGCCUGUGGUGCUAAACAACCUAUUUCAGAAACCAUUUAUGUAAAGCCUGUGUCUUUGAUGGUACAAUCUGAAGAUAAAGAAUCUUCAGUUCUCGAAGAUGCGGGAAAUACUCCUAUAAAGCAGACAUUUUCAAUUAAUGAAUCGACUUCUCUAUCUUUAAAUGCUGUUAGUACUGUAGGUUUUCACCACAAAGGAAAUCCUUCUUCAGUUGCUCUACCGAAAUCAUGGAGCAUUGUUGAACAUUCUGUAGGUAAUGAAAAGUGGUUUAUAUUUUCCCAUGUAAUUAUAUCCACUGUAAACAAUGAAGAUAUACAUGUGUUAAAGAAGUCUGUCACUGUCGAUGGUAGUGGACGUAUGCGUUAUUAUGUCUAUGGGAGAGAGGUUAAUAUCGAACAGACACAUCUUCCACGAGUUUUAAGUAAUGCAAAAUUACUCCCUGUUACUUUAUAUACGUUUGAAAAAACACGAAUAUGUGAAGGUCUGGGAAAUCUAAAUAUUUCCUUCAGCAUAGAUAAUCUCGCGUUCAGGGAUCACAUUGAUAAUUGGCAUCAUACCCAGUGCAGAUUGUUGGCCAAAAGAACAAAGUGUGAUAUGUGUAAAAGGCUGAAGAAAACUUUAUUGCAAAAGGAAGCUCGACUCGAAAAGCGUAAACAGUUUAGUCGAAUUUCUAGGGCUUCAAAUCCUGAAGACCAGAAGAAGUUAAACGAUAUGAGGAAAACACUUAAUCUGGUGCGUCGAACAAAAAAUCGCGCCAUAUUAAGGAUACGAAUGUUAACCAAUGUCUUGAAGGAAAGGCAAGAUGAGAUUGCUGCGAUUAAAGAUCAGUCUUUAGAAGAGAAAUGUCUUUUGUUAAAUAUUUCCGAAGUGCAGAAAACUGCAAUGAAAGAGAUUAUUGCAGCUGCAAAGAAAGACCCAAAGGGUAGACAUUAUUCUCAAGAUUGGAUAAAACAGUGUUCACUAAUGUAUACCCAAUCGCCGACCUAUUAUAACUUCUUACGGGAAAAUAAUGUCAUUCCACUACCAUGUUCGAGAACAAUUCGGUUGUACGCAGUCUAUCAAUCUAAAAUGCAGAGUCAGCAAUAAAUGACUGCUCAAAAAGUAUUUUGUAGCUGAGUAAAUUCAGCUAUAAACGUGCUGCUGUGUAAACGAAAGAAACUCAAAGGUAUCUCUAUUUCUUCAAAAAGUAAGAAUGCAGCUAUUCUAAUUUAUAUCGUAAAUAGAAGUACAAAGUUCACACUUCACUAAUUGUAAAUAAAUACUUUACAUUAAAACGUAACAUUGGCUGAAUAA